GCGCGACCGCUCGAACGGAGCAGGGAGGAGGGGCGGACGUUAAAGGCAUGUUCACAGUAUUUGCGCAUGAUCGGCCAAUCGCGCGUUCGAUGGACGGCGCUGCGAUUUAAAAACAGCUGAUUACUGAUUUGCGCCGCUCUAUGAUCGAGCGCACUCGUCGGCGAACGUUCCACGUGAUUGGCCGGUUUCCCCGCACGUGCAUCGUUGUCAAUUGUUGUGUAAACAUCCUCAGAAAUGGCAAGUAAAACGAAAAUUAUUAAUCUGACUCGGAUGUCGAGGAUAUUUCAACCCCUGGCAACGAGCGGAUCGCUCGAUAGCGUAGAAAAGACAGAAAUUGCAUCGAAAGGUCAUAAGUUAAUGAUCAAUUAUGGAAUUAUUAAACCAGUUAGCAUUGGCAUGUACGCCCUACUGCCGUUAGGAGUGCGAAUUUUAAAUAAGUUAAUCGAACUGGUCGACAAAGAAAUGGCAAAUAUCGGCGCGGAAAAAAUACUACUUCCAGCGUUGACUCCCGCUGCCCUGUGGAAGAAAACCGACAGAUUAGACUCCAAUAAAACCGAGUUGUUUACAGUUACAGAUAGACACAAGAAGAUGUAUAUAUUGAGCCCAACAUACGAAGAAACAAUCUGUGAUUUGGUGUCAUCCGUAGGACAGCUCUCUACUAAAUCAUUACCGUUGAAGUUAUAUCAAAUUUCGAGUAAAUGGCGAGACGAAAUGAAACCACGGCUUGGUCUCCUACGUAGCCGAGAAUUUAUCAUGAAAGAUUUAUACACGUUCGAUACUAACUUGGACAACGCACGACAUACGUAUGAUUUAGUCUGCGAGUCUUAUAAUAAAAUUUUUAGGCAGAUUGGUAUAAAGUACACAAAAAGCAUAGGUGAUGUGGGAGCAAUCGGAGGCCUGAUGUCACACGAAUAUCAUUAUAUAUCUGAUAUUGGUGAAGACACGAUACUUCAGUGUCCCUCGUGCAAUUUCUCGAUUAAUCAGAGUAUUUCCGAAACGACGAGUUGUCCGGAAUGUAAAAAUGAACUGCAUCAACAUAUUGCUGCUGAGGUAGGGCAUACAUUUUUGUUAGACACAAAGUAUUCGCAGCCGUUAAAAGCGAUGUACGUGGAGCAGAAUAAAUUGAAACCUAUGGUAAUGGGCUGUUUCGGUCUCGGAUUAAGUCGUAUCAUUACGUUAGCUGCCGAAAUCUUGUCGACGAAUAACGAAAUUAGGUGGCCUAUAAAGUUAGCACCGUAUACAGUAUGCAUCAUACCACCAAAGGCUGGAAGUAAAGAAGAGGAUACAUCUGUCUAUGUCGAGCAGCUGUCUGAGAUACUUUAUAAACGAGAUAUUGAUGCGAUAUUGGACGAUCGCACGCAUCACACCAUCGGCAAACGUCUGAUCUUCGCACGUGCAUUGGGCUACCCUUACAUAAUUGUCAUUGGCAAAGCGGCAACCCAAUCGGUUCCUUUAUUCGAAAUCCACGAGGUGGACAGUUCAACUUAUCGUGAAUUAUCAUUGGAUCAAAUAAGUGAUUAUUUUGAUAAUAUAGAUGUUAAAAAUUAGAAAAAGAUACGGACGUGUACAGUAUAUAUUUAAGAAAUAAAA